UCCACCACAACAAAUCAACAGCGAUGGCAAAUAACACCAGAAGUCAUGAAUCAGUGUGUAUCCAAAUCAAGAGUAUGAUAUGAGACACGCAAGGCGAGGAAUGGCUCUCAUCUUUAACCAGAAACAAUUCGAUUGGAAGCUCGGACUGAAAACCCGCAAUGGCACAGAUAAAGACAGAGACGACCUUGUUAGCAGAUUUCAAGAGCUGAAUUUUGAGGUGAAGGCUUAUAAUGAUUAUAGUCGGGAUGACGUUUUGUUGAAAAUUCAAGAAGUCGCUGCUGCUGAUCAUGUAGAUGCAGACUGUUUCGUCUGCAUCUUUUUAAGUCAUGGGGAAGAUGGCCAUGUUUAUGCCAAUGAUAAGAAGAUCGAAAUACCUGAAAUUACUGAUUUGUUCAAGGGGGAUAAAUGUCGUAGUCUUGUGGGUAAACCCAAGAUCUUCAUCUGGCAGGCUUGCCGUGGUGACAAUCUGGAUGAUGCUGUGACUGAAAUGAGUGUGGAGGAUGUUGAAAUGGCUGUAGAUGCAGGAGUGCUUUACACCCUUCCAGCAGGAGCAGAUUUCAUUAUGUGUUACUCAACAGCUGAAGGAUUUUGCUCUUUUCGUGAACCCUUGAAUGGCUCAUGGUACAUUCAGGAUCUGUGUGAAAUCUUGGGGCGUUAUCAUUCAGAGCUACAGUUCACUGACAUCCUGACGCUUGUUAACAUGAAAGUUUCAUUGCGCUCUGUACCAAACUGCAGGAAUCGCGCUGCUAUUGGCAAAAAACAGAUGCCUUGCUUUGCGUCCAUGCUCACAAAGAGGCUGUUUUUCAGAGACAAUACUCAGAUGCAAUAGUGUUUUACUCCAUGGCAAUUUCAAAUUCAGGGAUUUUUUCAUUUUCUUUUGGUGGGUUUGAUUUUCCCAAUUAAGAUGUGAUCCUGGAACGUCAUUUCUGUUUUAAAAUCUUAUCCUUACCCUUAAACCUAACUUUAAAUAAGUCCACAAAUCUGAGUAUUUUGAUAUGACAUAGACUACAUAUUUUUAGAGGCAUUAAGCAUUUUAGUCAUUGUGUAAUAACAUAUCUUUUGACCUGUUGUUAUGUUUUUAUUGUUUUUUUCCAGUUUUGUUGUACAUUGCACUUGUUUUGUAAAGCCUAAAAAUAAAGUGUGAUCUUUUCCUA